AUGUCCAAAGUUUGGAGAUGUGAGAGUUGGAUUCAAUUUUCAGAAGUUGGAACAAACAAAUAUCUCAUUGAGUUUAACCAAGAGAAGGACCUUCAGCAUGUUAUUCGUGGCAAACCAUGGUCUUUUGACAGAUGGUUGUUAUGUCUUCAAGUGUUUGAAGGUAAUAGAUCCAUCAAUGAAGUCCCUUUCCAUAAGAAAGAGUUCUGGGUGCAGGCUUAUAACAUUCCUUUUGCAAGCAUGACACAUGAGGUGGGAAUCCAUAUUGGUGAAAGCAUUGGGAGAGUAGUAACAGUCCAGACAGACGACAGGGGCAUUGGUUGGGGGAAGUUCUUGAGGAUAAGGCUGGAAGUGGACAUCUUAGAAGCUCUCCAAAGAGGUGUGUUUUUAACCUUUGAAGGCAAGAAGACUUGGGUUUCCCUCAAGUAUGAGUGUUUGACUAACUUCUGCUUUAAAUAUGGGGUGAUAAAGCAUGCUCAGCAAUGA